AUGUCUCGCUUCAGGAGACAGAUCCAUGUUAGUUUCCUGCUUCUGCUGCAAGCAGUUGUGGUGGCUGCCAUUCACGAUGGCACUGGCGCGAGGCCAGAGGUGCAAGGUGACGAGCUCAUGCGCCGGGAUGUCCGGGCUCUUGUCCAAGAGGAUGCCAUAGGAGAGCAGCCUUUUGGCCCCUUGGGCUACGGCUCCCUGGGCUCCAGCUUCGGCUCCUCGCCGUACCUGAGCUCAUUCUCUAGCGUCCUGGGCCCCCCGAAGCCUCCGUCACCGCCGGGCAUGCCCAUUGUGAGUGCCACUGCGGGCAAGGACACGACUAAAGACAAGAAGGACAUAGACUUCAACAACAUCGACUACAUAGGAUGCAUCAUCCCUCAAUGGACAGAUGGUGAUUGGAUUUGUGCGGAAGCUGCGGACGUCCCAGACAUGCAAAUCUACGAUGAUGCGCAGCACAGGACCCGCAAGAAGCUGCGAGAGGGCGACUCCUGCACAGUGCGGUGCCCCGACCCGCGGUACUGGCAGAAGCCACAGCCCGCUGCCCUGGUUUGCAAGUCCGGGCGCUGGAGAGACCAGAUCUCCAGAGUGAAUGUCAAGAAGAUCGAGUGCGAAACCUCAGCCCGCUGGUUCUUCUUCCUCGGCUUCCUCACCUUCGGACUCCCUUUGUGCGGCUGCUGCGGCGGGGCAGCCGUGCUACUGCGAAUGAAGCUCAAGAAGAAACCGAAGGAGGACGCCGCACAGGCCGAAGCAGAGCAGCCGGCAGCGGAAGGAAAGGAGGAGCCGAAGCCCGCUGAGGCCGCGGAAGCUGCUUCCUGA